UGGUUAGGGCAGGCGCCAGAAGCGGCGGCGGGGCGAUGGCUGCAGAGGGGUUGGGGGCGGCGGAGCUGCAGCCGGAGGGGGAGGUCGGCGGCGAGCCGGAGGGUGGGCUCGGGCAGCUGCUGGACGAGGAGGAGGAGGGGGAGGACGCCGGCUACGUGCUCUACAGGGACAGGAAGGAAUGGGCAGACAUUGAACCUGUCCCUCAAAAUGAUGGGCCAAAUCCUGUUGUUCAGAUCAUCUACAGUGAAAAAUUUCGCGAUGUCUAUGAUUAUUUCCGGGCUGUUCUGCAGCGGGAUGAGAGAAGCGAAAGAGCUUUCAAGCUAACAGCAGAUGCCAUUGAGUUAAAUGCUGCAAACUACACAGUAUGGCAUUUCCGGAGAGUCCUCCUGCAGUCUUUGGGAAAGGAUCUCCAUGAGGAACUUAAGUAUAUUACAGCUAUCAUUGAAGACCAGCCAAAGAACUACCAAGUCUGGCAUCACAGACGGGUGUUGGUGGAGUGGCUGCAGGAUCCAUCCCAAGAGCUUGAGUUCAUAGCUGACAUUCUUAACCAAGAUGCCAAAAAUUACCAUGCGUGGCAACACAGACAAUGGGUUAUUCAGGAGUUCAAGUUAUGGGACAAUGAACUGGAAUACGUAGACCAGCUUUUGAGGGAGGAUGUGAGAAACAACUCUGUUUGGAACCAGCGACACUUUGUAAUUUUCAACACCACCGGCUAUGAUGAUCCAGCAGUCCUAGACAGAGAAGUCCACUACACUCUUGAGAUGAUCACAGCCGUGCCACAUAAUGAGAGCGCUUGGAACUAUUUAAAAGGGAUUCUACAGGAUCGUGGUCUUUCUGAGUAUCCAAAUCUGUUAGAGCAACUGUUGGAUUUACAGCCCAGCCACAGCUCACCCUAUCUGAUUGCCUUUCUUGUGGACAUGUAUGAAGAUAUGCUUGAAAACCAGUGUGAUAACAAGGAAGAAACACUAAACAAGGCAUUGGAGCUGUGUGAAAUUCUGGCUAAAGAAAAAGACACCAUCCGAAAGGAAUACUGGAGGUAUGUUGGAAGGUCCCUUAAGAACAAGCACAGCUCAGGCACUGAACAGAGCACACUGACAGACAAGCAACAGUAGCUGCACAUGGAAGAAAUCAGUGCUAAGCUCUCAAGCUAGAACAGCUAGUAAAGCAGUACUAAGUAGGGUCAUCAACUAGUUUAAUCUAGUGUAGUAUUCUCCUGGUGAAGAGGUAUUGCAAUGAAAGAGGAGUGCAGAGUGCUGUAUAGUCUUGGGUCGCUGCUGCUACUGGUGAUAGCUCUAGGUGUGGUCAAGAAAUGUAUUAAGGCUUAAUUAUUGAAAUGUACCAAAUGAAGGGUUUUUUUCCUAAUAAUAAGUACAUAAAACUGUGCCUGCUAUUUAUAAGGCACUAAACCAAUUUCUCAUGCCCUGGCUUAUCCACUCAUGGUUCCUAACACAGCCACAUCACAUGCUGCAGUAAUGACUGCAGGUAACUUAGCUGCAGUGGAUAUCAAGUAACCUACUUCUGGUUAGUGCAAGCAGGUGCUGCAGUUGUUGCCUGAUGUGUAAGCAGCUAUGCAACUAACACCCAAGUGUCAUUUUUUAAUAAAAAUGGAUAACUUAAAAGUAUUUGAAAUUUUUUAGUUUGUUUCUUCUGGUCUUUAGAUGUGCAUAGUCAAUUCUUCUCAGAUGCUAAUAGAGAUAAAAUACCCGCUUUUAGGGAUAUUGGAUUCUAUGGCAUUGAGGUGUCUUUUGCACUGGAGUAUUCUCAUUCCAGAAACAUUCCAUACACUUGACAUAUUCAGUGGAGCCUUGAAUUCUUAUAUGCACAGUCAAGAAAAAUGCUUUGAGGACCCUAGAAGAUCCUCUUAGUUUUUUCUUGGAAUUCUGUUCAGACAGCUGAAAAUCUGAAAUUCUUUUUUUUCUUCACCCUUUGUAACCAGACCCAACUGAAAUUAUACGUCAGAAGAGAUUACAACUAACUGGUUAGGUUAUGUAUCUUCACUGAACUGGAGGGGAAGGAAUGGCUUUAUUGGGGACCUAUUCGCAUUAAAUGUCUUAACCUUGUUGCUUCUAUAGGCUUUUCAUAUCAUCUCCAUGCAUAUAUUCAUCCAAGAAGUAUUUUUCCUCCCCUUUAUGAAAGAUAAAAGACACCUGCAGUACAGAACUGCAAAAGAUGUGUGUACUUGUACAAGAAAACUGCUGCAUCUGCCCUGUUUUCAGUAAAUGGCUAUUGCAAACUGUGUUUUUAGCAUGGAGUGCUUGUCUGAUAUGAAAUAUUUUCUUGGAGAUGAUCAUAAAGAGAACAAAUAAAUACCAGUAUUUAUUCCAUAAUAUGAACAGUCUUUCUGAUACUAAACAUUAAAAGCUGCUGCUGUAAUUAAACCACAGUGGAGAUUAUUUUAAAUGCUUGAAAUAUGUUAAUUAAAUGCAUUUUUUAAAUUU